AUGAGCCCGGGCGGAUUGGGGGCCGCUAUUACGGGCUUAACCCCAAAGUAUACUUUGGGCAUCUGUAGCACCGUCCGCAUCGCGAAAUUUUCGUCAUUAGGAGGGUUUGCGGACGUCCACGUGCAGCCCAAUUGUUGUGAUGGCACGGACAGAGUGUUUGGUGAAGAGAGGAGAGUGAAGGAGGGAGAUUCAGUCACUCUAAACUCUGAUCUUACUGAAAUGAAGGAUGAUGAUGUGAUUCAGUGGAGGUUUGGAAACACUUUAAUAGCUGAAAUCAAUGUAACGGCCGACAGAUUCACUGUAUAUGAUGAUGUUCUUGAUGGGAGAUUCAGAGACAGACUGAAGCUGGACAAUCAAACUGGAUCUCUGACCAUCACAAACACCACAAUGAAACACACUGGAAGUUAUCAACUACAGAUCAACUCUAAGUGGUAUAGUUUCUAUCUUGUUGUUAUUGCUCGUCGUCUGCCUGUUCCUGUCAUCAGCAGUAACUCUUCACAAUGUUCUUCAUCAUCAUCAUCAUCAUGUUCAUUGGUGUGUUCAGUGGUGAAUGUGAGUCAUGUGACUCUCUCCUGGUACAAAGGAAACAGUUCAUUGUCCAGCAUCAGUGUUUCUGAUCUCAGCAUCAGUCUCUCUCUACCUCUGGAGGUGGAAUAUCAGGAUAAAAACACCUACAGCUGUGUGCUGAACAAUCCCAUCAGCCACCAGACUCAACAUCUGAACAUCACUCAACUCUGUCACACAUGUUCAGUCCACUGUUGUGGUCCUACUGAAGCUGUGAUCCGAUUGGUCCUCUCUGCUCUGGUGGGCGUGGCUACUGUCAUUCUUGUGCUUUAUCACAUCAGAUCCAGAAGAGCUGAAGGAGAUCAAGCACAUAUUCACACAUCAGGAAGUGCUUAAAUCUAAAGCAGAACGCUGAACUUUAAAGGUUCUUCAAGUGUGUUUUUGUCAUAAUAAAUACUGAUGAUUAUUUGAGCUUCUCUUUCAGUGUCAGAUUUGUAAAACUCUUAUUUGUAAGGCUUUAUUGUUUAUAUUUCUCUCAGAGACACAGAUCUCACUUUACUACUACUGCUGUAUAUUUGUCAUGUGUAUUUUACACUGUUGUUGAUGAUCAAAUUAAAAUAGCAUCUUUUUAAUGUGUCUGACGGAGUUGACACAAAUUAAGUUCUGAAGUACAUUUUUAGAAGAAAACAUUUUCAGAAAAACCUGUUCAUUAGCUGAGACCUUUGUCUACAAAUAUAUCAGUUUAUAAUAAUGUGUUAUGAAAUAAUAAAAACUAACAUCUAAAACAUGUUUUGUCUCUUCUCUCAAGAAUCAGUGAGAUUAAGUUCAGACUUCUAUUCUUGCCAUAACUCUGAUAUCAUUUCAUGAUCACUACAUUCACUUGCGUCUUGUGUUUUGGUUCACUAACAUCCUCCUGUCAGAGUCUCUGUAACAAUUGUAGUCACACAUUUAUUUCAAUAAUAAUUCCAGAUUCUAUAGAAAUGCUCUCUGUUGCAGUUAUUUGUGUGCAUGUUUGUUCCAAAUGUCAUUUGUGCUCUAGUACCAGGCCUUAGUUUCUGUGUGGAAAUUUCCUGAUUUUCAGAUUUCUAAAGUGUGACAAAAUCUCAU